CUUACGUUUCCGAAAGACUUUCAGUUCGUCGUUGGAAGAGGAGGAUCGUCGUAUUGGAAGGAGGAAGUGCGCGGCUUUUGUGGGAGAGUGCAACGACGAUGCAAGAAAAUAGACUGCUGUGAUCGUUGUGAUCUAUACUAGUGUGUUAUUUUGUGUUAUUCAAAAGAAGAAAACAAAUUUCAAAUCGUUUCUUGUGCAACGUCGAUCGUCGAACUCACCGAUUCGAAGUGAUACAAAAAGAGGAAUUCGUUUAUUAUACAUUGACAUUUAUGAAGGGAGAAGAAAUAACGUAUACUUAUAUAUACAAACACCCGCACGCACACAUAUAUAAUGCGAUGAUGAACUGAAAUAGAUUACGGCGUGUAUCCUUCGUAGAAAGUUACGAAUCAUUGAAAUGGGUUCGAAAAUAGAGUACGUCGAGUCGUCUCACAUGUAUGCAACGAAUUACAUACGUAAUUCAAAAGCGAUCGGCGUACUCUGGGGUAUCUUCACCAUAUGCUACGCCAUAAUUGGUGUUGUUGCUUUCGUAACACCGGAAUGGCUCGGUGAUUUGGAACACGAAAAUCCUGGAAGAUUUGGACUCUGGACAAGAUGUAGCUAUGGAAAUGGUGAAUUAGGAGAGGAAUGCAUCGGAAGAUUAGACGAUCUUUCGACCAUAGCCAAUGUCCCAUUUAGAGCCAGCACUAUAUUAGUUGGAAUUGCAGUGAUCGUUGCAUUGCUCUCGAUUUGUGCGAUGCUACUUUUCUUUUUUUGUCAGAGCACGACCGUUUUUUAUCUUUGCGGCUGGAUGCAGGUAGUUUCAGCAAUAUGUAUGGCAAUUGGUGUAUGUGUUUAUCCACUUGGCUGGGAUUCACCAGCAAUUCGAGCAGUUUGUGGUGCAUCUGCAUCCAGGUACAAUCCUGGAGCAUGUGCAGUUAGAUGGGCCAUACCAUUAGCUGCAAUUGCUGCUCUGGAUGCUACUACCUUGGCUGCUCUCGCUUUCAUUCUUGCCUCGAGACAUGUUAGAUUACAACCAGAACCUUUCAACAAUGGAUCUUUGUACAAAGGAGAGGUCAAUCCAGGUUACGUAAAUGAGGCUCAAAGCGUGGCUGGCUCACGCAAAUCUUUGUCCUUGAGACCAGUCCUUCUGGUAGCACCACCUGAACAAGAUCGUUACAGUGAACUGUCCAGAGCUAAAUCGCAUUCUCAUCAUAGUCUUUACACGCCAGCACCUUCUCAUCCGGUUCACACGGUUUCAACGAAUACUUUGAAUCAUUCUCAACAUAAUUUUCAACUUUGAACAAAUUUUUCUUCUUUUUUAAAGAACAAGAGUGUACAUAUAUAUAUAUAUAUAUGUAAUUGUCCAUGACAAUCUUUAUUAUUAUUAAUAUUAUUAUUAUUAAUAUUAUUAUUAUUAUUAAUAUUAAUAUUAUUAUUAUUAUUAUUAUUAUUAUUAUUAUUAUUAUUAUUAUUAUUAUUAUUAUUAUUAUUAUUUUAAGUAAUGGCUAUACGUCGAAUUUUUUUGAACAAAAAUUAUCUGGAAUUUGAUAUA